GUAACCUGUUACAGUGUGAAGAGUCUCUCCUUUAUCUACACACACACACACACACGCAACAGCACCGCUCCACUCCACUCUCCGGCUGUGACAUCUGCUCAGCGGCGCGUCGCUUUUUAUAAAUCAGGAAGAAACACAGAUCUGUAUGAAGGCGCUGGAAGCUACAGCUUAAAAAACACAAGAGCUAAAAUCUAAAGCUGAAGUUUAAUCGUUUUGCUGCACUGAAGUUUACCACAUAUUAAUCAUUAUGGAGUCUGGAGAGAGAUUGCCAUCAUCCACCCACUCCCAGCCAUCCAUCAGCUCCUCUGCCCCACCUCCAGCUUCAUCACCAAACCUAACGAGCGAUAGUGGACGUCUGUUUCAGCUGGUUAGUGAUCCGGGUUUGAGAACGUCUUUCCCCAUGUUGAGCCAUCCAGCAUUCAGGCUGUAUGCUCCUCUGUCUGGAUGCUCCGAUUUUAGAGGCCUGGGGAUUUUGGGAUUGCAAGGAGGCUUAACGACCCACCCACAACUUGGAACAUUUCCAGACUUGUGGCGGGCUUCGGAUCCCCAACUUCCCGGAGCUGCUGCACUUUUUCCUCCUCUAUUGGGUCUGCCUCCUCUCUUCACACCUCCAUCCCUCAGCCAGUCACAUGCUCCCAAGAAGAGCACACGGGGUUCUGCUAAAGGACUGAAUGGUGCGGUCAGUGGUAAUGGCAAAGCAAAAUCUGCUUCCUCUGGAGCAAGCUCUACCUCCUCUUCACCCUCACCAGCUUAUACAACCUCUGAACAGACCAAUGCAUUCAAAGCAGGUCUAAAUGCUCAAAACAAGCCCGCCAUCCUCAACCACUGCAAAACCGAACAGUUAGCCACCAAUCCUCCAAACUGGAGCAGGAAGCAGAAGAUCAAAGAAGAUCAAGCUCAAGAGAAAGCAAGUCACAAAACAAAAGAGAAACUCUGUGUGACAGAGAUGCCAGAGAUUUCCAGCAAUAGUGAUAGCCAAUCAGGAUCCAGCUCUGACAGCUCUAGUGACACCCUAAGCAGUUUGGGCUCUGUCGACCUGGAAAAUGAAGAUGAUGAUGAGGGCCUGAGUGUGUGCAGUGUGGACUCAGACUCCCAGAGAGGACAAGCAGUGAGCAGGAAGAUUAAGGACUCCUCACAGAUGGACCAAACUACAGGUUGCUUUUCUGUUAGAUCAGAUCUGUGCUCUAUGGACUUAACCCAAUCCCAGGCUGCUCCGUUAUGCUUCCGCAGCUCAGAAACAAGAGAAGAACACAGCAAACACACCAGUGUCAUCCAGGCCACAGGAGUAGGCAGCACCAAGGCAUUUUCUCUUCCUCCACAACCCAGUCGAGAUGGCUCAAAACCGUUGUGUCUUACCCUGUCUCCCAAACCCCUCUCUGUGUGCUCAUCUCCAAAACAUCGCUCUGUCUGUGUAUCUCCAAAAUCAGUUUCUCAUUCUCCCUGUCCGAAGCCAACAUCUCUCUCUUCGUCUCCUAACACCUCCACCAUCACCUCCAUACCCAAAAUCUCAUCUCUAAAAGCCAGAAGUUCUCCAGACGAGUUCCUCCUGCAUAUUAGUGACUAUAUUCAGCACAAGCAGGCAAAGGAACACCAAGAAACAAAUAAAUCCCUGAGGAAAAGCGUGUUGUCUUCAUCUCUCUCGCCUCCGUAUGGCUCCAAGCUCAAACCCCCCAAUCAUCAGCACUCCAACCUGUUUCUCCCCUCCACCCUGCAGAAGAACUCUUCCCAUAAUAAUGGAGUUGUUCAGAGUAAUGUGCAGGAUGCUCCCCUGGCACUUAUUACCAAACCUCGCUCCGAUGGCUCUAAAACCCCAGAUAAGCCUUUACUAGCAACCACCAGUCCCUGCUUUAACACCCCCAUCAACUUGAGCACUGGAGCCAGACAGUCUUACUUUGAACCUCCUGACUCAAAUAAAGCUUCCACACAGCAAGCACCCUGCAGGGCAAGCAAAGGGUCACUGCUCCAGGGAAAAAUGUUCAGGGAAAUGGUAUCUGACUUUCCCAGCAGCAAAGACUCCGAUGGGUCAGGGGAAUAUGAGGAUGAUGAAGAGGAAGAUUUAAGUGACAGUUUAUCAGGUUCUGGCAGUAACCUGGACACUGACUCUGAUAAUGAUGAUGAGGAUAUUAAAGAAGAAGAAAUGGAUACUGACACAGACAGCAUUCCACUUAAACUUACUAAAAGACCAACCUCUUUGACAGACCCUUCUAGUGGGAAUAUCAACAGCUCUAGUUCACUUAACCUACAAAUCCAUAAACCUGCUAAACAGUUGCAAACUAUGCACAACUCCUGGGCUUUAACUUAUCACAGCACCCCGAGUUCAUCAUCUGCGGCCACACCCCCAGCAAAGAGAAGAAGAGUGACUGAUGAGCAGGCACUGCAUAGGCCUCUUACACAUGGGUGGAAAAGAGAGACCCGCAUUACAAACGUCUGUGGGCGUGUGCAGGGAGAAGUGGCCUACUAUGCUCCAUGUGGCAAAAAACUCAAACAAUACCCAGAUGUUAUGAAGUACUUGGAAAGAAAUGGAAUAAGUGAGAUCACCCGUGACCAUUUCAGCUUCAGUGCUAAAAUAAGGGUUGGCAAAUUUUAUGAAGCUCGAGAAGGACCCGAGGGUUUGCAGUGGUGCUUGCUGAAAGAGGAUGAGGUCAUUCCAUGUAUCCUGGCAAUGGAGGCACAUAGAGGUCGUCCUAAGAGUCUGGAACUCCAGUGUACUGAUGAUCCUUUACAUUCUCGCCAAAGGAAAAGAAGACCACAUAGUGUGGGUGAGGCCGAGGUGGCUAAUGCUGCUUUAAUUAAACUACAGCGGAAACUGGAGGCACAAGAAAUUGCACGGCAGGCCGCUCAGAUAAAGAUUAUACGAAAGCUGGAAAAAAGGGCUCUAGCACAAGCUGCCAAAGAGGCCAAAAGACAAAAAGCUUUGCUGGCAGCAGAGGAAAAACGCAAGCAGAAAGAACAGCUAAAGAUUUUAAAGCAGCAGGAGAAGGUCAAAAGACUUGAACAAAUUCGUGCUGAGAAGGAGCUUCGGGCUCAGCAGAUACUUGAGGCAAAAAGAAAAAAGAAAGAGCAAGCCAUUAAUGCAAAAACCCUAGAAGUUGAGAAACGACUGAAGGAGAAAGAACUACGCAGACAACAGGCAUUCAUUCUGAAGCAACAGGAAUUGGAGAGGCAUAGACUAGAAAUGGUAUGGGAACGGGAGAGACGGAAGCAGCACAUGAUGCUUAUAAAAGUCAUGGAGGCUCGGAAGAGAGCUGAGGAACGAGAGCGUCUGAAGCAGGAGAAAAGAGAUGAGAAACGCUUAAACAAAGAGCGCAAACUUGAGCUCAGACGGCUGGAGCUAGAGAUGGUUAAAGAGCUGAACAAACCCAAUGAAGACAUGUGCCUUCCAGAUCAGAAGGCACUGCCUGAGCUGUUACGGUUACCAGGUCUUCUGUUGCCAGAUGGCUGUUUUGGGGACUGCCUGAUGGUGAUGCAGUUCGUGCGCUGCUUUGGGAAGGUGCUGCGUUUGGACCGCAGCACUAAACUGCCCACCCUUCACAUGCUACAGGCAGGACUUCUCAACCUGAGUCCCAGUGUAGCACAGUUGCAGGAUCUGCUCAUUGGCCUGCUGUCUGCUGCAGUUUGUGAUCCAGGUUUUCCACCAGGAUCAAUGGCAAAAACAGCUCUUGGUGAUCAUGUUUCUAGUGUGGAGAUAAACCGGGACAACAUGUCAGAGAUUUUGCAGAUCUACAUGGCCGCCCACUGCAGUCAGACGGAGCUCACACCACUGGCAGAGAGUUUAAAGACCAAAGGAUUUCAGGCCCACACCCCAACUCAGAAAGUUUCAAUCAUGGCUUUCUUGGUCAAUGAGCUGGCCAGCAACAGGAGCGUAGUUGCGGAAAUUGACAAAAGUAUUGACCAGAUGACAAAUCUACGGAGGGAAAGAUGUAUCAUUGAGAGUAGCCUUCGAAAAAUGAGAAUUAUCUACGCUAAGCGGACCGGGAAGCGUGAUAGCAGUGUAGGAGGUGAAGAGAGCCAGGGUUUGGGAACACCUACCACUGGUCACAAACACAAGAGAAAGGUCGAAGGCGUUGAGGAAGAUGAUGAUGAGGAUGAUGACAGUAAUGAUCUAGGAGAGGAGGAUGAUGAAGAGGAAGAUGGAGGGAAGAAAUGCAAGAAAACCGAGACAUGUGAGGAAGAGGAUGACGAGGAUCAAACAUCCAGUUUGGAAGAACUAGAGAAACAAAUAGAGAAAUUAACCAAGCAACAGCUUCUGAUCCGUCGUAAGAUGUUUGACUCCUCCCCCUCACUGCAUUCGAUAAUGCUAGGGCAGGACCGCUAUAAGAGGCGCUACUGGGCCCUUCCCCAGUGCGGAGGGGUGUUUGUUGAGAGUACAGGCAAUAAAGAGGAUCCACAAGUGUCUCAGCAAGAGUCUGAGUGGUUGCAGAGUGCUCAGUGGAUUUCAGUAAAAGAGGAGCCCACAGAGGUACCAGCUAAGCAACCUUACAACAGCCCUCAGGCAAGGCAUGAAAACUCCGGUCUGGAUCAACAGCAGGAGAAUGGCUCAUUUAAUCUCUUCCUGCAGAAGCCAAGUUCUUUUUCCAAACUAAGCAAACUGCUAAAGGUCACGAAGAAGUGCAGCAGUGAUCCUGAAGGCGCAUUUUCCACUCUCCCCCCUUUACAUACAAAUCCUUCAACAGUGUUAACCAACAGCCUCACACAUAACAUAAACCAGGAAAUUAAAUCCGAGGUCAGCAGUCUGCUACUAAGCCCUGGCUACGUUGGCACCUGGCAACAUUGUCUAAAUAGUGACCAACUCUGUAGGACAUUGGCAGAAAAACAUACUCACUGGUUCAGCCUGCUGCCUCGUUCCCCCUGUGACAAGAUUUCCGUGACAGCCAGUUCUAUAAAUCCAUCAUCUUGCAGUACCAAAGCCUCAUCACCUGCCACCAGCAACAGCAUGACCCAGUCCACCUCCACUCUCUCCUCUGGCAACAGCCAGAGCAUCACGUUUUCUGUCAGUCCCUCUUCUACUGCACCAGUCACUAACUUUUUAAUAGAAGGAGUGCAGAUGAAGCACAUGGGGUUGCAGUUUCCUCGCUGGCAACCUGAAAUGAUGAGUCCAAAUAUGACCUUCAACGGCAUGUCCAUUUCCCCACGUCUAGUCCCGAGCCCCAAUAUGGCCACCAGUAAGAUUGAGUCCCCAGUACAAACAAAUGAGAAAUCCUCUGCUCUAGAACUGGCCAAAAAUCAGGACCUGCCCUCACCACUGCCUAUUCCACAAGAGAUGUUUACCGGGUGGUGGAAGGUGUCCAGCUCUGAAGAGUUAAGCCGCAUAGUGAGUGCCUGUCACCCUCGUGGGAUCAGAGAGAGAGUCCUACAGAAACAAAUCCAGAAACAAAUGGAAUACCUCAGUCAAGUCUGUGCCAAAAACAAAGAUGCUGCCGUGAUUGAUGUAGGUGAGCUAGGGCGGAACCAAGUCUGUGCGGACACAGUGCAGAGAUGGUGUGUUGAGAAGCACGCCAUGAAUGUGGACAUUGCUGUCCUGCAACAGGUUGAAGAGCUGGAACGCAAAGUCACCUCUGCUAGUCUACAGGUCAAAGGCUGGACGCCCACAGAGCCGGAGUCAGAGAGGGAUGACCUGCUCUAUUAUGAGCAGAAGGCUGUGGCCAAGAACGAAAGUACAGACAUUGUGCGACGCGCCAAUAAUCCAUUGGACAUUGCAGUGGCACACCUGUUUGUGCUGGAAAGGCAUAUUGAGAGAAGGUACCUCAAGAGCCCCUUAAGCACCACCGCCCAGAUCACUCUGGAUAACCGGGUUAUGGCUAGCAUACCAGCUCCUGCAACCGCAAUUGGUGCUGACUACGAUAGAGGUGAGGAAGACUUGUCCCCAGGGUUGAAGGUGUGGAGGAAAGCCCUUCAUCAAGUGCGUAGUAGUGCCCAGCUUUCACUCUGUCUGCAGCAGUUACAGCAUUCUAUUGCAUGGGAGAGAUCCAUCAUGAAAGUGUACUGCCAGUUAUGCCAGAAGGGGGACAAUGAAGAGCUGCUGCUGUUGUGUGAUGACUGUGAUAAAGGAUGCCACACAUACUGCCAUAAUCCCCAAAUCACUACUAUCCCUGAGGGAGAUUGGUUCUGCCCUGCCUGCAUAGCCAAGGCAUGUGACUCACCUCAGCAAUGUAAAAAGCAGACCAGUCGGAACAGUGGAGGGGGUGAAAAAUUGUCUGGAGCCAAACGCAACAAGAAAGUCUAUGUGACAGGAGACGGCUCAGAGAAUGAUACAGGAAGUACCAGUGUCAACAGCACCCCCAAGAAAGGAGGAAAAGAAACAAGAAAGAGAAAAAUAGAUGACAACAUUUGCAAAAACAUAACGAAGCAGGAGAGCGCAACACAAGCAAAAAAUUUUAAACCAACUCAAGACAAUAGUAAAGACCUGGAGCUGUGCAGAUUGCUUUUGGCUGAGCUGCAAAGUCAUCAGGACGCCUGGCCAUUUAUGACGCCUGUCAAUCCCAAAUCGGUCCCUGGUUACCGCAAAGUCAUCAAGAAACCCAUGGACUUCUCCACCAUUCGGGAGAAACUUUCCAACAGCCAAUACCUGAAUUUGGAGACAUUUAUCAUUGAUGUUAACUUGGUUUUUGAAAACUGCGAAAAGUUCAAUGAGGAUAAUUCUGAAAUUGGACGUGCGGGACACAGUAUGAGGAGAUUUUUUCACCGGAGAUGGACUGAGCUCUUGAAACAAAUUUAACUAAAAUUGGCUAAAAAAAAUUUCUGAAAAAAUUUAUUGACUACUGCUGCUUUAAAUUUGUGGUCAAACGAAUGCUUACCUUUAAUUUGAUCCUUAUCCCACUCAUUCUACUGGUUUUCAUCGUGAGCCAAAAGUACAAGCAGUUCAGUGUCUUCAAGUGCAAUACAAAUUCUGUUCCUUUACAGAACUUUUAUCAAUUACAGCUGGAACUGACAAAAGAGCUUUCGACACUGUAAAUAUACUUUUUUUUUUUAAAUAUAAACUUUACUAUUAUAGUGAAUGUAUUUUAUUUAAUUUUUUAUUAUUUAUAAUUAAUUUGGUAUUCUUUUUCUAUGAAAAGGAGGAGCAUUUUAAAAAUGCGUAAAAGCAUUUUUACUGAAAUAUAUCUAUAUAUCUAUAAACAAAUGUUUACACUGUUAGGUGCUUUAUUGGUACCAGGAAACACAUCACAGUAUUGCUGUAAACCUUAAUUAGCAAAGAAAAAGUUUUGACCAUUGAAGAACAGAGACUAUUAGAUGUACUGUAUGUUGUACAUAGUGUCUACAUGUCUAAUAAUAUGUACGUGUGAAAUUUUGCAAACAUGCAUUGCCAUUUUUCUGUUGUCUUUAAGUAGCAUAAAUUAAAAAAGAAAAAAAAAAGGGAGAUCAUACUUGGACUAAAUUGAAAUUACAAAAUACACACACGUAUACACCAAUCAGCCAUAACAUUAACACCAUCGACAGGUAAAUUGAAUAUACCAGUAAACUGGUAUCAGAAUUAUAGGCACCCAAGGCUCAUCCAUGGAUCUUGGGACAGAAGGCCAGCCUGUCUGGUCUGAACCAACAGAAAAGCCAAUGCAGCACAAACAAGAACCAAAAAAAAGUCACUGCUGGCUAUGACAGAAAGUUAACAGAACAUCCAGUGCACCACAGCCCACCGAGGAGGGGGCUCAGCAGGCAAAGAACCUAAUGAUGCUGAUCUGCCCUCCAAAAUUCCCCAAACCUCAAUCCGUUCAAGGAUCCAUGGGAGGAGCUGAACAAACAAGCCCAAUCCACAGAAGCCCCCCGAAGAAUCUGCCACUAACAUCACAAGACCUCUGGGGGCACACUGGGGAGUCUUGGCCCAAGGGGGCAGGGCCCUCCUGGCUGUACAAGGUAAAACUUGGAUGUUUUUAAUGUUAAUGGUUUUAAAAUUAUGGCUGAUUAUAUAUGAAUGUUAUUAACAUACAGUAACACAUAGUGUUGAGGUAUAGUAUUGAGCUCUAGGGUUGUAAAGUAUGCUUGAAAUAUAGGGUUGAUGUGUAAGUAGGUGUAAAGCAUAGAGUGGAGUGUAGCAUAGAGGCAUAUCAUGUCUUUAAAGUGUAGACAUGAAAUUUGGAGCCUAGCAAUGAAUUUUAGUUCAAGUAUGAGGGUUUUUUAAUUGGUGCAUAAUGUUGACUUAUGAGUUGUAGCUCUUUUAAUAAUAAAUGUUUUAACAAAGCUUAGUUUUACAGAUUAUUAAGGUAUAGAUCUAUUAUAGUGCAUCUCAAUAAAUUAGAAUAUAGUGGAAAUAUUGAUCUAGAAUGUUUGAGAGUUUCAUUUAUUAAAGUGGGGAAAAAUAAUUUCCAUGAUAUUCUAAUUUUUGAGAUGCACUGUAACUCAUUUAAAAGAUGUUACUUAGGAAUCUUGAGGGUAAAUAUCCUGUCCUGGGUUACAGUGAAUAGAAAAGUUUUGAAAAUGCAGAACGUGCAAAUGCGUAAUACUUCUGCAUGUGUUAAUAGGGGUCUUAAAAGGAAUAUAAAACUGGUCAUCGCAGCUGUUUUUGGAAAAGGCAAGUCUUUAGAGAUGUCCACUACAGAAGAGAUGAUAGCAUUGGUAAAGGCUGCAGAGUACAUGGGUAUUCCCCUGGUGAUACAGUAUGUAAAUCAAAACUGCAGAUAACUCUUGAGAUGAACAUGCAAGAACAGAAGCUGAUUAGAGAAUUUAGACUAUGCAUACUCAAGUGUUGUCACUAUGCAGCUGAAAAAGCGUCCUGGGGGUGAGAGAAUCAUUAUCAAUCUGAUGAUUGCAUGAGAGAGGUGUGGCAACAGCGAGAACAUAAUGAUUACUGCAAAGCACUGUCUAAUUACCAUGUGGAAUUUAUUUCGUCUAAUUUAUUUUAUUUUAAUACACUUUUAACAAUGAACAUUGUUGCCAAACAGCUUUACGGAAAUAAAGAUUCCUGAUAUAAAUAAAAAUAAUUAAUGAGCAAGCCAGAGGUGAAAGUGGUAAGAAAAAACUCCUGGGAUGACAUGAGGAAAAAACUUUGGGAAUUGGACUCGAACAGGAACCCAAGCUCAUUUGGGUGAUCACAGAUUCAAUUCAAUUCAAGUCAAUUUUAUUUAUAUAGCGCUUUUAACAAUGGUCAUUGUCUCAGAGCAGCUUCACAAAAAUGAAAGAAUUUUUUAGAAAAGAAAAUAAAUUAAAUAAAUAAAUAAAAAACUGAUUAAAUAAAUAAAUAAAUCCCCUUUAUAACUGUGUUUUGAGGUCAAAAAAUUAUAAAUGGAAAUGUGUUUUUAGUUAGUAUUAAAUACACCUUGUUGAGAUUACAAACUGUUGGAGUUAGCACUGUUGGAGACUUGGGUACAAAACUGUUAAUGGCAAUUUUAGUCCUAACACUAUUAGAGCAAUUGCAGAUCUAAGCCAUCAUAACAAAACUGUUUGGAUCGAAUGCAAUUGUAACCCAUUUUUAUGAAUUCCAAGUAAAACCAUCCUCCAUAGCCUUAUUAAAUGUUUCAGCAGUCCGUAUGGGGCAUUCCCAGUAGCAGUAAGUGUUGUUUAUAUGUGAUGAGAACUCGAGUCAGAAGUAAGGGAUCAGGGUGGAUCAAAAGCCGGCAACUUUUGAUUUGAAGUAGGUACUGUAUGGUGAAUCAUAGAUUACUUGGUGCUGUGGUACAGUACAAGAUUUAAAAUUCAGUGUGAAAUUUCACUGGGAGAGAAAGUAGUGUGCAUAAGAUCCACAGCUCACAAUGUAAUAGUGAGGCUGCCUCUGUAUCGUAAACAUGACAGGAAGGCAAUUUGCUGGGGGACUUCUCAAAUAAUACUAAUAAAUUCUGCAUUCCGGACUAACUGGAUGAACCUGGUGGAGCAUCAAGGUUUACAGUAAUCCAACCAAAAGUGAAGACAUGUAAUGAUGGUGUAUUCCUGCCCUGUUUCUAGGAUAUCCGUUGGGAUCACUGUGUUUGUCAUAUAGAUAUUACAGAAGAUCAAUAAAUAAAAUAUAUUAUUCAUCGUCAGGAAGCAUUUUAUCCUUAUCAAUGGCACAGUGGAACAGAAGGAUCAAGAGCCUAUGACUAUAACACUGGGUGCAAGGUGGGAAUAUCCCCUGGAUUUGACACUAUUGCAAAAUGUGCACACACUAACUUAACCCUGGGAAAACAACAGAACAGUAGCUCCAACUACAAGCAUGAUUUUGGAAAAAAACAUGAGAACCUACAGGAAACACAAAAGAGAGAGACGAGGACAACAUGUAAAGCUCCUCAGUAAAUAGGAUCAACGACCAUAAACCUGUACAACUGGAUAAUGUUUUUUCUUUUUUUUCUAAUAUAUAAUUACUGAUACAGACUGUUGGCAUCAGUGUUUCAGUGGAGUCUGUCUUUUGGCUUUUCUAUUGUGCUAAAUAAAAAUGUAUAAUUAUUAUUUUUGUCUCCUACUCCAAGAAACAAAUAUGUUGGUCUUUGACUUGGUAACAGGACAGAUCCACACAUCCAAUCCCAGUGAGCUCCUUAAACCAGUUCUACUGCCUGGAUUGUAUAUUCUCCUCCAAACAUUCACUUUCAGUUUUUUUAUUUUCUACCUGCAUUAAUAAGCCCAUAAGGAAAAACAGAAUAAGAAACCUAAAUCUUCCUCUUCUGAAUCUAAGCUUACAGUAUAUCAUCAUGGUUUACUCUAUUGUAUGGUUGUACUGUUUAAAUUUUUUUUUUAAAUGUCAAUUUCUAUGUUUAAAAAAAGCUUUUUUUAGUGCAAUUAAAAAUGAAAUUCUAAAAAUAAAAGCACUGAAAAGUU